UGUUAAAGUCCAUAUAAUUAACAAUAAUAGAAAGAAAGAGAUAAUAGAGAAGAUGACUGGAGAGAUAGAGUCUGUGAAGCGGAGAAUGAGCAUGAUCGCCGGCCACUUCGCAGGAGAUGAUUUUCUCGGCGGGUCAGCCCACACUCUUUUACCAUUGAAUUGUAGCAGCAGUUUGAAUUCUGUCAUUCGGUAUGACAAUCGAAUGUACUUUGCAAGACAAGGAUCCUCUAAUCACUCCCUUUUCAUGAGACAACAACAACAACAACAACCUCAAUCUCAGGCCAUCAAAUCAACCAUUUGUUCAUCUUGUAAGAAUAUGCCUAAUUUAAUAGAAUCACCAUUGUUCUCUAGACCAACAAAACCUCUCAAAUGUCCUGCCUGCGAGACAUUAUCAUCAUCAUCAUUCGAAACAGACACCAAAAACCCCUCAAGAGUCCAACCAAUGGUCCAAGACUACCCACCUAUGUUACAGCGGCCAAGCUUUGCUAGACCAACCAAAUGGCUUGGGUUUCCAGACAAAUUAACAUUCACUACUAACAGUCACAAACAGGAGGAACAGCCUAAUCACGGGUGGUCGCCAAGGAUGGAUGUAGCAGAAUACAAACGUAAUUAUAUCCUCGCACUAGAGCUACCCGGUAUAGGAAUCAAAGACAUCAGAGUAGAAGUUGAUGAUCACAAUUUAACCAUUAAUGGUAAGAGCUUGACACACUCGUGUAAGUCUGUGAAUUCAACAACAGACCUGUUUACUACUUACCACAAAAGGGAGAUAUUACACAAUCCAUAUCAAGUGAUGUGGCCAUUGCCAGCGAAUGCAAACAAGGAAACGAUAUCCGCACAGUACAUCGAUGGAAUUCUACAUAUUACUGUCCCAAAGCUCUAAACAAAUCAAUUUCUCGCUUAGGAUAUAUACCUCUUAUGAAAGAAUACAAUAGCCAGAAACAUUCCCCCCUUGUUUCAUAGUAUUAUAUAGUUUGAUUUGAGACAUGUUUGAUCCAAA